CAGCAGCAUGAACCUGAAGAAGUACUUCAUUCGGGCGCUGCACCGCCUGCAGAAGGGCCCUGGCUACACCUACAAGGAGCUGCUGGUCUGGUACUGCGACAACACCAACACCCACGGCCCGAAGCGCAUCAUCAAAGAGGGGCCGAAGAAGAAAUUAAUUUGGUUCUUCCUAACGCUGCUCUUUGCAUCUCUGGUCUUCUGGCAGUGGGGUAUCCUCAUCAACACCUACCUCUCCUAUAACGUCACGUCAUCUCUCUCUAUUGGCUUUAAAACCAUGAAGUUCCCAGCAGUCACGGUCUGCAAUGCCAACCCUUUCAAAUACUCAGAGGUGAAGCAUCUGCUGAAAGAACUGGACAGGCUCAUUGAAGCAGCACUGGAGAGGAUCCUGCAGCCUGCGCCGUGGAACAGCAGCGAGAACGCCUCCCCACCACUCGACCUGGAGCUCUGGCACCAGAUACCCCUGGUCCUUAUCGACGAGCACGACAAAGACAACCCCGUCAUCCUGGACAUCUUUGAGAGUAACCAGACCACUGCGGGCAACCAAACGGCUGCUCCACCUGCCCCAGCCAACACGACGUCGGAAGAAAAGAAGUACAAGCUGGCGGUGAAGCUGUGCAGCCAUCAGGGCCCCGACAACUGCACCUACAGGAACUUCACCAGCGCGGCGCAGGCGGUGACCGAGUGGUACAUCCUGCAGUCCACGAGCAUCCUCUCCAAAGUCCCGCUGCAAGAGAGAAUCAAGAUGGGCUACCAGGCAGAAGACAUGAUCCUGGCGUGUCUCUAUGGGGCUGAACCCUGCAACUACAAGAAUUUCACUCAAAUCUACCACCCAGACCACGGUAACUGCUACAUCUUUAACUGGGGCAUGGACGAAGAGGCUUUGAAUUCUUCCAACCCCGGAGCUGAGUUUGGGCUGAAGUUAAUUCUGGACAUCAGCCAGCAAGACUAUAUCCCCUACCUGUCAUCCGCUGCCGGGGCCAGGCUCAUGCUGCAUCAACAGAAGAGCUUCCCCUUCCUUAAGGAUCAGGGCAUCUAUGCAAUGGCCGGGACAGAAACCUCCAUCGGCGUGUUAGUGGAUGAACUGGAACGGAUGGGUUAUCCCUACAGUGACUGCACCAUGAACGGGUCUGAUGUCCCUGUAAAAAAUCUCUAUAGCCAAUAUAAUACUUCCUAUUCCAUACAGGCUUGCCUGCGCUCUUGUUUCCAAAAUCACAUGAUUGAAAUCUGUGGAUGUGGUCAUUAUAUGUUUCCUUUACCUGAAGGGGUAAAUUAUUGCAAUAACGAAGAUAACCCAGGUUGGGCAUAUUGCUAUUCAUCACUGAGAUCAAGUAUAAGGCACAGACAGAUUUGUAUUGACUCUUGUAAGGAAACGUGCAACGACACACAGUAUAAGAUGACCAUCUCCAUGGCAGACUGGCCGUCUGAAGCUUCAGAGGACUGGAUUUUCCAUAUUCUGUCUUAUGAAAGGGAUAUGUCAACAAAUGUGACUCUGGACAGAAACGGGAUCAUCAAGCUGAACAUUUACUUCCAGGAGUACAACUACCGCACCAUCUCGGAGUCUGCCGCCACGACGAUCGUUUGGCUGCUGUCAAGCCUGGGAGGCCAGUUCGGGUUCUGGAUGGGAGGCUCGGUGCUGUGCCUCAUUGAGUUUGGGGAAAUCAUCAUUGACUCGCUGUGGAUCACCAUUAUUAAUGUGAUCAGCUGGUGCAAAGGCCUGAAGCAGAAGCGGGCGCAGGCGCGGUACCCAGACGCCCCCCCAACGGUGUCAGAACUGGUGGAGGCUCACACCAACCUGGGCUUCCAGCACGAGGACGCAG